AUGAACAUUCGAGAGAUCGUGGUGUCUGUCAUCAUGCAUCUCAGUAACAAAAAUGUUUCCAAGCUAGUCAGUUUCCUCAUCUGUAAAGUGACUAAGAGGCUGCUGCAGUCCUUUCCAGCUACGGUGGGCUAUGCCAUUGCCAUCAAUUGGAUUCAGGCCCAGGCUUGGACAGCAUUUCUCAUCCAGGAGAAGGCUGUGGAUCCAGGGACCUUCUCGGUGUGUUUGUCGACAUCUGAUGUCUUUGCUGAGAUGUGCUGUGUUGACAAAGAAACAAAGCAAGGCUCUGACAAAUCGAGACACGUCCGGGUGUACCUCUACCUCAUCAGUAUUAAUCUGAUCCUUUGCACUAGAGUUUCUCUUAUAUCAAUCCACCCAAAAAUUCAGGAACACCAGCCUCGCUCUGGCCUCCUGCAGUCCUCUAAUCACCCUCUACACCAUGUACCUCACUGGUCAGCCGUGUCCCAUGAACCUGAUCAUUCCUGCAACCCCAGCCUGCUGAGCAUCAUUACACACAUAACUGCACCAACUUUGGCUCCUGGAAAUUCCACUGCUCCGGCCCCUACCUCUGCUCCACCAUCAAAGAGUGGGCCUUUUCUGGAUUCAGAGAAUUUCACUGGGCUGCUGGUCUUUGUUCUCUACCUUUUGAAUUCUAGCAUCUGUAAUUCCAGCAACAGCCAAGUAGACAAGUUGACCCUGUCAGGGAGUGACAGCAUGACCCUUGGUGAUACAACUACCAAUGGUGCCAGCGAUGAAGAUGGGCAGCCUCGGUGGGCUAUGGACAAUGAAAAAGAGGGAGUGCAGUACAGCUACUCCUGCUUCCACUUAAUGCUCUGCUUGGCUUCCUUGUACAUCAUGAUGACCCUAACCAGCGGGUACAGCCCUGAUGCAAAGUUGCAGAACAUGACCAGCACGUGGCCAGCUGUCUGGGUGAAGAUCAGCUCCAGCUGGGUCUGCUACCUCUACAUCGGGACCCUGGUGGCUCCUCUUGUCCUCACUAACCGGGACUUCAGCUGA